AUGAAAGGAUUAAAUCACACUUUAUAUUUUCUCCUAGUAUUAUUUUUUUCAUAUAAGGUAAAUAAUGUAUCAUUAGUGGAGACAAUAGAAAAUUUCCUAAAAUUAAAGAAUGAAUGUGUGAUUUCUGAAAAUGUUUAUAAACAAGCUAAAGAACAUCAGAGUAUUGGAGGGAAUAUGUUAGGACUAUGGUUAAAUGUAACUAAUGAAAAUAGAAACAAGGAAAAAAUAAAAUUUAAAGAUAGAGUAACAGAAAUAAAGAUAAAGUAUGAACAAAUGUUUAUAAAAAGAGAUAAUAGAAUUUUGAAGGAAUCAGAUCACGAUGCGCAAAAUUUUGAACACAAUAGUCACAAAGAAGAGAUAGAUGAAAAUAAUAAAACAGGAGAUGAUAAAGAUUGUGAACAUAAAUCUAAUGGAAAAAUUGAUAACGAGAAAGAUAGAAACAAUAUGGUAAUGGUAGAUAAUGAGAUACAUACAAAUGAUCAGCAUUCAGUCUCUGUUAACAACGCUCUUGGAUUUGUUACAUGUCCACAGGUGGGAUCUUGUGCUAAUUCCUUAAAAAAUGGCACUACUUACGGUGUUCAUCAUAAAAAAACAGUUCCUAUUAAUAUUAAAAAUCAUGAUUUUCUUCAAUAUUCUAUUAUGACAUCUUGUCCGAAAAAGAGAAAGCGGCGAUAUUUGGAUUGGGAUUGUCCAGAUAGGAGGGAUGUAUGUAUACCAGAUCGAAGAUAUCAAUUAUGUAUGAAGGAAAUUACGAAUUUUAUAAAUAAUACGAAUACGAAUUUUCAAAGUGAUAUAGAAUUUAGAAAGUCAUAUUUGAAAAAAAGUCUCAUUGAUGAUGCUAAAGGAGAGGCAAUGUCAUUAUUAGAGAAGUAUGACUAUAGAUACAAUGAGGACUUAUGCAGCGACCUGAAAUCUAGUUGGGCAGAUUUUGGAGAUAUAAUUAAGGGGACAGAUAUGGAACAGGUUGGCUAUUCAAUAGUGGUGGAGUCUAAUUUGAAAAGUCUUUUUCGAGAUAAUGAAAAUAAUAAAUUGAGCCGGGAGGAAUUUUGGAAUAAUACUAAAAAAGAGGUUUGGGAUGCAAUGAUAAUUCCAAUUAAAAAUAGAUCACCCAGAGAUAAUAAAUGGAAGUGUGAACUAAAUGCCUCUUUAGAAGUAGAUCCGCAGAUAUUUAGGUGGAUUCGAGAAUGGGGAAUAGAUUACAGAUCAGGAUUAGCCGUAGGACGACCACGCGUGAAACAACUGUGUGAAAGAAAAACUAGCAAUACUAUUAAAAAAGUGUGUACGGUAACUGAAUGUCAACAGAAAUGUAAUUCAUAUGAAAGAUGGAAAGAAAAAAAAAAAAAGCACUGGGAUAUUUUAUCAAAAAAAUUUAAAAAUGUAACAAACAUAGAAGAUAUGAAAAAAAAAAAGAUCGAAACCCCUUAUGAUUUAUUAAAGCAGGUAAUAACAGAAUUUAAUGAAGGGGAGUUUGAGAAUCAAAUUAAUAAACGUGAUAGUGAAUACAUUGAUUUAUGCUUCUGUGAUGUCGAAGAACUUAGAAAAAAGGCUCAGGAACAAAAAUUGCAAAAUGAAAAAAGUGCUUCAAAAUCGGAGGUAUCCAAUUUGGGUCAAGGAACUCAACCCGUACGCAAUGACAAAACUAUUAAUGCUUCAGGUAAUUCUGUAGAUAUAAAUGUUAGUAACAGCACAGAUGGUUCUCAAACAAAUGAAUCUGUUGCUACAGAAGGUCAGAAUGGAAAUAAUAUUCCCAUACAAAACGAUGACCAGGAAAAGGAUGCUGCUGAAACUGCAAGUGAAGGAAGUAGUGAAAUUGAAAAUCUUGGAGAUCUUAGUGAAAAAGAUGGAAGUAAAGAUUUAGAUACUUCUAAUAGUCUAACACCUGAGUUUACAAUUGAUACAAAUAGUCCAGUUGAUAUUAAAAGUGCAUCUAGUACUUCCGCAAAUAGAGAUAACAAUGGUUCUAUAAGCAUUAAGGAACCCAUAGCUAACCCGGAUUUAAAAGGAAAAUAUGAUACUGCAAAUGGAAAAGAAAGUGAUAUAAAGGUUGCUGGUGACAGUAGUGAGAAUUCCGAUAAAACAAGCUCAGCUACGGGAAAUACUAAUGAUACACCUCACCAUACAUUUAAUAAUGGAACUUCUGAAGAUAAAGGGGAAAAGACAAAAGGUAAAGAAAGUUACAAGCAAGACAGUUCUGUAAAUGAGGGCAAAGAUGCCAUAUUUCGUGACAAUACACAUGAUGAAACGAAAAGAGGUGAUUUGUCUGAAUAUGAGAAUAAACAAAGUAAGGGUACAUUAUCGCCAAGUGAUGUCGGAAAUUUAAAAAAUACAGAAAGCAUGGAUAGGACAACUGACACAUCUCCUAGUUCAGCAUAUAAAUAUUUUGGAAAUGAAAAUAGUUCCGAUAAGAAUAAUGGUUUAAAUAAUGAUAAAUUAAAUAUUAAUGAAUAUAAACACAGAGAUAUCAAUACAACUAGAGAGAAAAUAGUACUUUUAUCUAAAGUAAACAAGUGUAGCAACAAUAUUUCUUUAAAAUAUUGCAACUCUGUAGAACAUAAAAUAUAUUCAAACUCUUGUUCUAAAGAUGAAAGAAAGCAUUUAUGUUGUACAAUAUCAGAUUUCUGUUUAAAUUAUUUUGUCGCUUAUUCAUAUGAAUAUUACAGUUGUUUGAAAAAAGAAUUUGAUGAUCCAUUAUACAAGUGUUUUACAAAAGAUAGUGUCUCAGACAAGGCUUACUUUGCAGGGGGAGGAAUAUUGCUUAUAAUAAUAUUAAUAAUUGCAUCAACGAAGAUGAUAAAUAAUGAAUCUGAAGAAGCUACAUUUAAUGAAUUUGAAGAUCACUGUGAUAAUAUUCAUAGAUUUCCACUGAUUAACAAUAACAUUGAGCAUAUACAGUCAUCAACUCCACUGGAUUAUUUUUAA